AUGGCUUCGGGAAGGGUUUGUUUAUUCAUCGGCAUGCUUUGCCUUGUUUCUCUUUGCUGCGCAGGUAAUGCUUUCCCUGACUGCAACAAGGCUUGUAUAGAGUAUAAGUUUCCAAUGGGAGGGGCCUGCGAGAAGGUCGGUAGAGUUGGAUCCAUUGAGUGCUAUUGCAAAUAUACUUAG